UCCAACUUUUGAGUGUGCAAGAAGAUGAAGGGAAGCUUUAAGACGUUGUUGUUCCUUUCAGUUUUAUGUGUUGUAGCCAUUGGAAUUUGCAAUGCAGGUGAGCUAAAGAUGAAGUACUACCACAAGAAAUGCCCUUUAGCAGAAACCAUUGUGAGAGAAAUCACAUGGAACAGAGUUGAGGCUAAUCCUAGUUUGGCUGCUAAGUUGCUGAGGCUGCAUUAUCAUGACUGUUUUGUUAGGGGCUGUGAUGCGUCGGUUCUAUUAGACUCGACGCAGAAUAAUACGGCUGAAAAAUCGGCCCCUCCAAAUCGAUCUCUUUCAGGAUACGACAUUAUCGAUGAUAUUAAGACACAACUCGAAGAAGAAUGCCCUGGCGUUGUUUCCUGUGCUGAUAUUGUAGCUUUGGCUGCUAGAGAUGCAGUUUCUUACCAGUUUGGACAGUUUGGAAGACCAAUGUGGCAAGUUUUCACGGGCAGGGAAGACGGGAAAGUAUCGUUAGCCUCUGAGGCUGCAGCUAAGCUGCCAUCUGCAUUUGCAGAUUUCACUACAUUGUUGAAAAUAUUUGCUGAUAAUGGCUUAGAUAUAUCAGAUCUUGUGGCUUUAUCAGGAGCACACACCAUCGGAGUGUCUCGUUGCUUGUUGGUUGCACGAAGAUUGUACAAUUUCACAGGAAAGGGUGAUUCAGACCCUUCGCUAAACGUUGAAUACGCUAAUAAGUUGAGGGCUAUUUGUCCGAAUCCAAUUAAUUCGUCUACUAUUAUAGAGAUGGACCCUCAAAGCUCACUUUCCUUUGACAGCCAUUACUUUGUGGCUUUGAACCAAAAGAAGGGCCUUUUUGUGUCUGAUGCAGCCCUUCUAACAGACCCUCAAGCGGCUCUGAUCGCGCGUAAUUUUGAGAAUCCACACGUCUUCUUUGCUCGUUUUGCUCGAUCGAUGGUGAAAAUGGGAGCCGUUGGAGUGCUUACGAAUGGCAAGGGGGAGAUAAGGAAGAAUUGUAGAGUUGUGAAUGGCUGAGAUGUAUGUUUAAUUUGUUGUGUUGUAAGCUUGAUCAUUUGGUGCAUUUGUGAAUUGUGAAUUGUGAUCAUGAGUAUUUGUUUGAUUCUAGUCUUGUUUUUGUUUAGUUUUGAGGAAUAUGUACAACGUUUUAGUAACAAGAUUGUACAACUGCAUUGUAAGAAACAUUUGAGGUUUCUUGCAGCUGGGAUGAAUUGAGACAAUGUUUUAACA